AAAAAAAUGACAUGCUAGCGGAUUAUUGCAUGCGUGACGUGAGUAGACAGAGUAGACGUGAACGAUUGGAUGACAGUUUUCAUGAUUUUAAAAAAUACGUGAUAAUAUUCAUAUUGAAAAGAAAUAUUUUUACAUUUUUUAUCUUUAUUUAAACGAAUUAAAACUUCGGCACCAACGCUAAAAUAAGUGAUUAGCAAUAAUUUUUUAGUACAUCAGUGACAGUCACGUUUGUUUAUUGGUUAACAUCCGCCAUUUUGUACUGUCGUUUGUUUAGUGACUGGGGCUCUAUCUAUCCUAGUGAUGCCAAUAGCAUUAACCAGGAACAUUUUGUGAUUUUACAAGUGGUGUACAAUGUUUUUUCAAGAAACGUUGGUUUCAAACGGUAUAAAUUAAAUCGUGUGACUUGUCAACUGACGUCGGUAUAUCUCUACCUAUGUGCCGGAUGUGUCCUACAAUCGGUUAGGGCGAUUUUACGUGCCACCUUGAGUGGUGUACGUGUCCCGAUACCUAUGCUGCCAAGAAUAUGAGUAGCAACGGGAAUCAGGUGCCGUUGGCGCCGAGUCAGCGAGGACCCGGAUCUUAUCCACGGGCGUCAACACCACACAGACCGGUGGAAUGUUACCACCCAUCAGGCGCCGCCGGAGCCGGUUACAUGCCGAGCUCAUCCGGUGGCGGACAGCCCUCGGCGCAGGCUUCGCUGAGAGUCCAGCCGACACCGCAGCCAUCGGCACCGCCGGCACCACAGCAGGACAUGUCCAAAACAACCAUGGCUGGCCAUAGUUACGUUUCGCAGAACCAAACACCGCCAACUCGACCGCAGUUUGCAAACUACCCAUACAGAACAGCGCAGCAUGGCACGAGGCCCAACACCCAUCCAAGACAGCAGCAGCCCUACAUUCCCAACGCUGCUGCCACGGCAUCACCGCCCGUUAUGUAUCCGACGUUAGUUUUCCAACCAACGCCAAUGGGGAUGCAAACUUUCCAGCAGCCUAGAUCGAGUACGCCGGGGUACUACCCGUAUAUGGGAUAUAUUAACUACAAUACACCACCGAGUCACACUCCUCCAUAUUUUUACACGUCGAAUAAUCCGCAGCUGCCAACGCCAAAUUUACAAGCCAGCGCUCCAGGUGGUAGAAGUAAUCCUACUACUUUAGUGGGACCACAGGGUACACCUGCAACCCCCACUGCGCCCACUGCCACGCUUCCUCACCCACAAGCUUCUACACUCAUGCACCAAACUAUGCCUGGUAUACGAUCAUCCGCUCCAAAAAGGAUUCAUAGGCUGCAAAUCAUAGAUCCCAAAACAAACCAAGAUAUAUUCUCAGAUUUAAAUACCAACGAUAGUAGUUUUUUAAGCAACGAAGCUAACGAUCGCCACACCCCACAACCCGAGCCAACACAUAGUAUCCCCGAAGAAUUUAAUAGAAUGGUCAAAGAAGUGGCCAAUCAACCUUCUUUUGAUUUCUCUAUUAAAUCGAAUUAUAUAACAAAUAAUGUGGAUGUACCUGCUGCAUCUACGCCAAGUUCUGUCCAAAGCCAGCCAAUUGCAGUAAACUCUAUAAAUAAUAACACUGUAAAGUCUGAGUUGGUUAACGAAAGUAAACAUUUAGGACCUGAUGUUGCUGGAGAAUCCAAUGAUACUCCAAUAGUAUCUGCAAUAUCAGAUAGUCCUGUUAUAGUGCCUAAAAUGCCUAUAAAUAUUAAGCAACUACAAAAGAAUAGUGAACCCUUAGUUCAACCUGUAGUUCUAGAUACGAAUAAGAAUUUACCACCAAGUAAGCAAUUUAAAUCAAGCAAAAAUGUGCCUCAACUUGAAGAUUUAGAACAACCACAAGAAAAUAUUAUACAAGUACCAGUAGCAACAGUAGCACCAAUUUCGAGCUCGACAGCGACUCCGGCUACCGUCACGCCCGUGCCUGCUCCAAUGCAAAACGUGACUAUUAGUGAGCCUGUACCCGUUCCUAUUUCCACACCCACGCCCGCUCCUCAGCCUCAAAGGAUAAGAGAACCCAGGGAACGGGUCAAAUCAGAAGACAAAGAAAAAGUUAAAGAGCGGGAGUCACAAGAAAAAGAGGCGGCAUCUGUGUCUAACAAGCUUAAUGGUCCGACACCACCAGUGAUUAGUUCAGUUGAUAGCUUGGCAGAAGCUAUCAUCCUUCCAACUAGUCAAAGUAAUCAAGGAUUAGGUGUGGAGGCUGCAAAGAAACCUGCAAUAAAGCAGAUUUCACCAGCCCUUGAGGCUGAAACCACUGCUGCCAUAGCAUCAAAUGUUGAACUUGUCAUCAAGAGUGAACCUAUUGUUGAGAGUCCUCCCACUGCCACACAAUUGUUAUCAGCUAGCAUAGAAAAAGUUUCUAAAGAACAGUUUGCAAAGGCUCCGGAAUUUAAAGAAGGAUCAAGAGCGAUAGAAGCUCAAGCUAAAUUAACACAGAGUAUAUCUAGUGUUCUGCGCACUAAUCAAUCUGAUUUUAAAAUGAAAGAUAUUAACCUUAAUAAUAAGACUACAGAUCCAGAUACUGCCAAUGGAAACCCAACAGAGACAACUAAAGCUGAUACUGUGAAGGAAGAUAUAAACAAAAAUGAGAAGGGAUUGAAAAACACCAAGAACAAUAGUAAGAAAUCUAACAAUAAAAUGGCGAAUAAUGAGUCGAAUGUUAAGGAAGUUGAGUCAUAUGAAAAUGGUAAAAAUGAGACUGAUAAAGUAGUUAAUGUAGAAAAAGAAAAAAUCCAGCCUGCUGAAGAAGUGGCUGCCCCUAUCCCUGUGCCAGAAGAACCUUUAAAGAAUGAACCGCCAGCACCACAAGUUUUUGUGCCUAAAUACAAAUAUAAUCAAGAUCACUGGUCUCCUCUUAACACAACUGGCAAAAAGUGCUAUGACAUUGAUUUGCUGAAGCAAAUAAAGGAUGAUCCGCUUUCAAAGAAUAAACCCAAUGUUCCACUAUUGGAACAUUGUAAUGUCAUUAGGACCACACCAAUGCAAGAGCCACAGCCAUUCACACCUAUGUCAAGGCCUAUGAAUGAUUCUCUAUUUCCUCCAUUUGCCAAGAAUCCUGGAAUGGGUUCCAGGAGUAAUGCUCCUCGGGAAACGAAGAAAGAUUCCCGGAACUCUACUCCAGCUGGUAAAGGAAGUGUCAAGCUUCCUUCAAAUCCAAACAGCAACAGUUCUCAUAAACCAGUUAUUCAUGUCUCAUUAUCAUUACGAGAGGAAGUGAAACUUAAUGAAGUAGAUUCUGCAUGGAAACCAACUAGAUUCCGCAAAGAUGCUAUAAAUGAAGAGGAGUCCAGAACACAGGAGCUGUACAAAAAAUUCAGAGGUAUAUUGAACAAAUUAACGCCACAGAAGUUUGAUACUCUAUUGGAGAGAGUCAAAUCAUUGGAAAUUAAUAAUCAGAAGCGUUUGGAAGGUGUGAUUGAUUUGGUCUUUGAGAAAGCUAUUGAUGAGCCCAACUUUUCUGAAGCAUAUGCUGCCAUGUGUCACAAGUUGUCUAUUUUAAAGGUACCUGCAGAUAAUCCCACGAUGCCUGACAACAAAUGUGUCAAUUUCAGAGCUCUUAUAAUCAGUAGAUGUCAAAAUCAAUUUGAGACAGAUAAAGUUGAUGAGCAAAUCUUGAAACUGGAAAAUGAACUUGCUGCUUGUACUGAUCCUCUUAAGAAAAAGGAACUGCAACUCAUGAUUGAUGAAGAGAACAGACGUGUGAGGAUGAGGUCUGUGGGAAAUGUGAGAUUUAUUGGAGAAUUAUACAAAUUAAAAAUGUUGACUCCAAAAAUUAUGGAUUACUGUAUGAAAUAUUUAAUUGAUAAAGUUGAAGAAGAGAAGCUUGAGUGCCUCUGCAAAUUGCUUACUACAAUCGGUGAACAAGUGGAGAGUGAACCUAACACUCAACUUGAUAACAUUUUCAAGAAAAUGAAGGAGAUUGUCGAUCGCAAGUCUAGCAAAAUAAGCAGCCGUGUGAGGUUUAUGCUUCAAGAUGUAAUUGAACUGAGAGACCGUAAAUGGGUGGCCAAGACAGUAAUUGAUUCUCAACCCAAAAUGAUGGAUCAAAUUCAAAAAGAAGCUGAACAGCAGCAACGUCACAUUGAGCUAAUGAAUGCUAGCCCUAUUGGUGGAUUCCGACGCGACGAAGGUGGUCGUGGCAAGCGAGGCGACAGCCGUAGACAGAACUCCAAUAAUUCAUUUAUUGAUAAUAAUUGGAAAACUAGAAACACUUACACAGUUGACACAAGUAAACUCAAAGCUGUAACACAAAAGAAUUUGCAUAACAUUAAACUAGCGCCGCAAAAUUCUGCUUGGCAUCAUGGAUCAGGUACAAAGAAUACUGCACAGGCGAGUAGCAGUCCCAUGAUCAGUAUAAGCAAAAAUAUGUACAGUGUUCUAGAAAAUGUACAAACUGAUCCUACGUCACUAAGAGGUAAUCGGGACAUGACUCCUAAUUUCUCCAAGGGGGCUUCAAUUGAAAGGUCUACAUUUAACUCCAGGGGUGACUUCACGAGUGGAAGUAGCAGCCGUUCUGGGUCUGUGGGCGUCGCACGCUCUAACUCUGGCACUCGAAGUACGAGCGCCGCACCAACCACUCCACCAGUUGUAAACGAUACACCAGCACCAGCGUCCGCUCCAGCUCCAGUUCCGCAAGAGCCUCUGACUGAGGCUAAGAAGAAAUCUGUUAAAUCUGUAGUAGAUCUCUGUAUCAUUAAUUCUGACGAUGUUGAAAUGGCUUCUGAUGUCAAGCAGCUUUUUGCUCCCGAAUAUCAUGCUGCUGUGGUUAACGAAAUACUUCAAAUUAUUAUAGACAAGCCAACAAAACAGAUAGAACUUAUAUCAAAAGCUUUCCUCAGUUUGUUGGGUUCAAAUACCAUAUCUUCCGAAAAUUUUGUGGCGGGCAUGAAAGAAAUACUAGAAUUAGCGCCUGAUUUAUUCAUAGAUAUUCCUAUGCUGUACGAGAACUUAGGAAAAAUUAUUGCGCCACAAAUAGAAAAGAAGCAUAUCACAUUUGUACAUAUAUUUAGGCAUUGUGAAAUGAUCAUUUCUGCUAAUCAGGGGCCUCUAUUUUUGAAAGUGAUUAUUAGAGAGCUCAAAGAAAGUAUGGGUCCCUCAUUUGUUAAAAGUAAAUGGCAAGAGUCAGGCCUUCAAUUAAAGCAAUGGAUGGACGAAAAACAGGUGGCGAAGUGGUUGGAAGAUAAUAAAUUCAAUUUUUUGGAAGGCGACACGAAGGUUAGCGAAGAAGCUAAAACAGUCAUGACACCAGCUCAGACUCAAGCGAAAUUGAUCCAACUCAUGAAUGCUGAUGAGAGUUGUGAAUGUAUAAAAGGGUGGAUUCAGGAUAAACUCAACAGUUAUACCAAUGAAGAUUGGUUUAUGCGAGCACUAAUCCAAGCAAUAUGUGAACAUGCACUUUUUGGUGCUGAAGGACGUGACGUACCACACUUCAACCAAGACCGCAUGAAUAAAUAUGCAAGCCUGAUACACGACUUUGGUGAAACAAAACAGUCAAGAGAAGCGAGCUGCUUAUUUGGCAUACAGCAGCUUAUUCGGAGACUAGAACACCCACAAGGCUUAACUUUAGAGAUAUUCCAAUAUCUACAUGAACAAUAUAUAAUUUCACUAGAUGGGUUCAUUGCGUGGGAAGAAUCUGAAAAGGAGCCAGAAGGAAAAGGUGUCAUGAUGAAGGCGUUGACCUCGUUCUUUACGAACAUCAAGGAGGCCGACAACGAGGACUCUUGCAGCGAGGACUGACGAGCGCCAUACCACACGGUUGCGAUGCCGUCGCUGUUCGCGCCGGUGAUCGCACCCGUGCUGAUCGCGGCAACGCCCGAGGCAUCGUCUGCAUUCAACGUCUUCUAUAUUUUUAUAUAUUAGAAUCAUCCUAAACGGAACUCAUAGAUUAUAUUAUUAUUCUAAUGAUAACGCUUAACCUAACAGAAGCUAGAAAAAAGUUGUAUAAUAUUUUUUAACGCGAAUAGUUAUUUAUCAAGAUUAUAAAUUAAAUUUGCUUCAAAAUUUAUGCAUGGUUCGGUAUUGUACCUAUUAUAAAUUUAGGAAAUUUCAUCAGGUUUAUUUCAGGGUGUAAUUUCCAUGGUACAAUGUAAUCAUUAUUUUACUAUAUAAAUAUUUUAAUUAUGAACGAUUGUUUGUCAGUUUUCCAAUGUUUUUAUUUUCAAGAUCUUAAUUGCAUUGUGUGAGCACUUCUUCUCUGUUCUCAAGAUUGCAAUAUCUUUAAUAUUCCUUUUAAUAUUUUAUUUAAAUGUUUUUACUGAUUUUAAUAUAUUUAUAGAUUAAUAGAUUACAAUUGAGUUUUAAAAUGUCUUAAACUUUUAUCCUACUCUGAUUAUUAUUUUAUUUUUUAAAUCUAUUGUAUAAUGUCAAUCUUGGCAACAGAGAAUUUAUCUUUGACACAAUCGACAGUCCGCAUGUUAUGAAUUUUUUUGCGAUCCUCGCCUACUUUUAUGCAUUACAUAUUUUCUCUCGAUCCAAUACCUGAACGCUCCACCAUUUAACUAAAUUAACUGUAUAUUCUGGUCUACUAUACUUAAAUGUUACUUUUGCAUGCUUUAUUUGGGUUAUAGCUUAGUCGUAUUAGUAAAGUCACUGUUUAGAGAAAUAUGUACUCCUGUUUAUAAGUUAACUGUUAUCUGUUUUUGACAAUGAAACUAAUAGCUAAUAUAUAAAUCAAAUUAUUUACUUAAAUCAUAUAAUUCUAUAGUUAAUCUAUGUUUGUUUUUGGCGUUGAAAAGGCUGAAUGCAGUAGCGGAUUCAUAAUGAACGAUCCCCAAACGCCAGGUUGUUGGUGUUCUGGUUAAACGUAACGUUAUUUAUGUGAAUCAAUUUAUGACAUGUGGGUUGUUAUAGUCUGCCGUCACUGCAAACAGAUAGGUAACUGUAGAUAUUACGAUCAUUUAGUGUGAGCACCACACUUAUCUUGUACAAAAAGUACUUAUAUCGUUAAUACGGUUGUAUUAACGAAGCUUGGUGAAUACUUGUAUAGAAAAUAUUAAGUGUUGUGCUUGCACACAUGUCAGGCGCAGUAGCGGAGUAUUACAGCGCCGGAUCCCCAGUCAAGUUGUUAGUGUUUGUUGAACAUAGGCCUUUGGGUAUUUAGUUCGUCUCCGGUGUAAUCCGCCGCUGCAGACAGAUUCUAGAAUUGUUCACAACACGACGCUGAUUCCAACUCAAUUAUCGUUAUAAAUAUAUAUUUACUUCCUACCGGAUAUUUAGAAACAGCUGUUUACACUAUAGCAAUUUGAUUUCACUAGUAUUGGUUCAAUGUUUAUUUAGAUUUAAAUUUGCCUUAUUGUAAAUUGAGAAGAGUAACAGUUUCUUUACGUACAUGAUUUCUCUCGAUUUUAACUAUCUUCAAUUUCAUUUAUUUUAUUUCCUUUUUUAAUAUUCAGUAAGUUUUAAUUUCUUAAUUAUGUUUUAAAUAUUAUUUUUUCAAAACUGCAAGUUACAUUAUACUUUCUUAUACCAUGUGACUUUUGAUUUAAUAGAUAUUUUUAUUUAGUUUUAAUUUAAAUAGUUAGCUGUGACUCAGUAAGCAGUGGUAUUUGUCUCAAAUUUUCGUGAAUUCAGUUGGUUGGGCCCGAGGUGCGCAGCGAGUAGUGCGGGCGAAAGCGACUCGUUCGCCUUUGUCUUGGAUGGCACGCUCCGCUCUCCGUCCUUUUAUAAGUUACGUUCACUUAACUGUCUCCGCUGCUGAGUUUUUUAUUACUUAUUAGCUACUCUUGUCAGUUACUAUGUAUGUUAUGUAAAUAAACUUUUUAAAAAAAGCUAAUCUUUACUGAGUAUUCCUAUUAAUGAACACCACAUUGUAAAACAAAGCAAUAAUUGGUUUAAUAGAUCUACAAACUUCAACAUAGUGUUAAUGUAUCAAAAAUUAAAAAGAUAUAUUUACAAUUUUAUAAAUAUAUACCUAUAUAUUAACAGGAUUGAGAUUUGUGUAAAUAAUAUGUGUUUAGUUUAAAAUAUAAAAUCCAAUAUAAAACAACAACCAUAACCCGAAGGUGACCCAUGGUGUUCAAACACCAGGAAUCUAUAAAUCUAUAAAAAGUUGCAUAUUUUAGUAAAUAAUAUACAGUAUUUCAACAAAUAAAGGAUAUUCAAUAUAUUAUGUGUUAUAAAGAGCCUGUUCCGUUGCUGUCAUAUAUAAUGAAAAGGCAGCUAUCUUUACCUAGCAAAUAAAAUAAGAAAGACUGAAACUCAAUCCAAUUAUUUAAAAUAGAGUUAAUUAUUUUAUCAAGAUGAUAACAAAAGUUACAAUUCACGUAUCGACUGGCGCUACGUAUUGCGCUGAAGUUACAGAUCACUGCCAGUCCUUUUCUCUUUCUCGUUCUGCCUGCUAGAAAAAGAUAGCAUUCUAAUAUGAUGAGCGCUAUUACAACAGCAGGUUAGGCUAUCCUAACUCAAUAUUUUAUUUUCCUUAACUCUAUAUUUUGUUAUGGGAAUUACGUGUAUGUAACGAAAUAUAAUAUCCAAAGAUACUUUCGUCCGUGUCGUAUUGUUUCGCUUUUUAUCUUUGUUGUGAAUUUUAAAUUUAAUGCUACACUGUAGAACUUAGUAAAUUAUUGUUAUUGUUUAAUCCUAAAACAUAUCGUCCUAAUUUGCAAUAAUGGAAGAUUUUAAGAUACUAAUUCUUAUUGUGAGAGUUACUAAGCUAAGCACAGGACUUGUGUUGUAACCGAUUUAACCAUGCUGUUGUAUAAAUUGAAUCUAUCAUACACAAUUUUAUUGUUGCUGUAUCUAACUGUACUGUGGGAUUAAAUAUUAAUAUAAUAUAUACACGUAUAUAAGUGAAUAAUUAAUUACACAUAACAUUUAUACACAACGGUUUAAAAAUUCUAUACUAUAUAAAAAUUAAUAAUCUAUGUGUUGACCUUUAUCCGUAUGUGCGUAAUUGUGUUCUAACUAGACUAAAACAAGAGCUAGGCUAAAACCUUAACAUUUCAUUGAAGCGAGUGAUUCUGGAUAGCUUUGCCGUUCGCUGGCUGCAAGAACCGAGAUGUUAGGUCACGGUAAGAAUACCUUCGUCAGUACAUUAGUAUAUUUUGCAGCGGAUAGUAUCCUGGAGCGGCGUCUGCGCAGGCUGCUGAGCAAGCUCUACCAACUUGAUAACUGAGAAUGCAUUCUGUCAUGAGUUGGUAACAAUUUAAAUGCUUUUGCCCUAAUUAAGCCUAAACACUGGCCUGUUAAAAUGUAAAUAAUGUUUCUGUAAUUAUAAAGUCUAAUUUAUAGUAAAUUCAUUGACUUGAGUCAUGUAUCAUGACGUGAAUGUCAUUGACGAAGCGUCUAAAAUGGCUUUAUUGCCAAGAAAUUAAUACAACGAUAAAGCAAUAAAAUAUAGACCAAAUAAUUUUAAAUAGCCAUAGUAGCUGACGAACGUAUUAUUCUGUGACUCAGUACCUCAAAACAAUGUCAUCCUGAGAUAUAUUUGCUAUUAAAAGUCUUGAUACGUUCUGAUAGGUUGACAUGUUCCUACACCCUGCAAAUAGCAAUGCUAGAGUAUUUUUUAUGCAGAAGAUUUUGGAAAUUCUACUUAAGUAGGGUAGCUCGUAGAUUAGUUUAUUAACUUAUAUACUUACCUAAAAGCCGGUAAUUGAUAUGGCGGUCAUAACUAUUACUAUAAUGUUCAUAAAUCCAGGGAAAUAAUCUGAUGCAAAACGUUUUGGUAAAAUCCUUUUGCAAAUGAAUGAAUAUGACUAUGUAUGAUUUAAAGGCUGGCAAAGUAUUUUGUCUAAAAAGAUUGCCUCACUUUGACCAAUCAUUAUGAAAAAAACAUGAGCAAUAUAUAUACAAUAUACUUACUAAAACUACACAGCUAAAACUAACUACUUACGUAUACGCAUAAUAUAUCCGUGAGAUACUUUCAAUUUGUAACCUACCAUCGGUCACUUGAAUCAGCCUUUCUUUUGAUAUUCAAGAAAUUAUGGUACAACUAGCGCAGUUAAUAUAGAAAAAUACUAAUUUGAUCUAAGAUGGAUGCAAAAAUAUCAAAUUUGUUCAAUCGCUGAGAAGCCUUUGUUCAACAGAGAGUUUGCAAUAGCUUAUCCGUAAAAUUAUAGUAUGGUGAUGAUCCGCUCGAAAACGCGUACCUAGCAGUCAUUGGUGGGAAGGCGGGGCGGAUGCCGUAUUGUAGUAUGCAUACCGGGAAUGGUAGUAUUAUAGGCAAUAUUGUUAUGAACCUAUGGGUACUACUCAUUCAUCUUCUAACGCCUUGCCAAUCUGUCGAUGAUUACCUGCGGCUAAAAAGCUAAAAGGGAUCGAAAUGUUGUUUGGGGAUUGGUCAAAUAACUCCUUAUUUUCUAAGGAACGGCGUAAUGUCGAUUUGGAUCGCAAAUAAAUAAAUAAUGGGGCAAGAUCACAGAGACGCCUAACCGUAUUUAUUCUGGUGUGUCCAGAACACUUAUGUCAACAUAUUCUGAUUGUCAAGUUUUCACAAUAAACGUAGGAUAUACCUACAAAUGCAUCAAACUUCCGCGUGAGAAGAGGCCUUUGCUUAGCAGUGGUCACUUACGUAUAGGCUGACGAUUAUAAUAACGAUGAUACCUAUAAAGUUGCCAAAGCGCCGUAUCUUUAAAAUAAGUAAUAAAGGUUAUGUGAUUAAGUCACAAAAGUUCCAUCCCCUUAAUAUUUUUAUUAAACAUAGAGAUAUUACAUAUUUUUAUAAAUUGUUUAGUCACAGAGUAUCAUAAUAGUUAGAUAUACAAUUGUUGGCAUGUGUAUUAAACGUAAACAUUUUUUAACAUAAUAAUAUAACUUGUCGCCUUAGUGGGUACCUACCUGCAUGUAGGUAUGAACAAAGUCAAGCAAACGUAAACGUAUUUUUUAGUUUUGAUAACGUUAAGAUUUCACCAAAGCGGAUCUUGUCUCUUGUAACCUAACAGUAGGUAUCUGUAAGAUGCUGCUGUUGCAUGAUGAUACAAUUCAUGUAGUAUCGCAAUUAGCUACUUUAGUAUUUGGCGACAUUUCGUUUAUAGCUAGACAUGUUAUUAUACCACUAAAAUUAAGUACCUACAGCUGUAUAAUUACAAUUAAGUACCAAUAUAGAACCUACCAUAAAAUGCAUCUGACUACCUACAUACAUUAGGUACUCUUGUACAUUGCAGUCAAAACGCAUUUCUUUCAAAAGUAAAAAAGUAUCUGUAAUGUUAUAAUUAGAAUACGAACCUCAUUGAUUGAUAAUUGAUCUUUUAAUUUAAUUAAUUUUAAAUUUGUUCAAACUCGUAACGGAGCGGUUUGAGCGGCACGGAAUACCUAAACAUUUUUUGUAGAACAAAUACUUAAAUGAUAUUUAAUCAAUAUACCUACCGAUACAGAUGUGUAUAAACACUAGUCGUGAAUUGUUACAUGUCUACGUGUACUAAGGUAGUGCUACGUUGUGAAAUAUGAGAAUAAGUUCACAAUAAGUGAGAUCGCGUUGUCGCUUGCGUUGCGUCUACUAAUCUACCUGCAAUUCGGAAUCAAAAGACAAGAACUAUGUAAAGUAUGUACCUACCAAAUACUGGAAUCGCUGUAACUAGAUAGUGAUUAUAGUUUGGUUGUAGGUAACGUAUUCGGUAUGGUUAGCGCUUACAAUUUAUUAUCUAGUAAUAAAUAUGUAAAUUGUAAUUAAUAAUUGAUUAUAAUAUAUUACGGAGAUGUUCAAAUAUACAAAUUAUGAUAUGUACUAUUUAUAUAUUUUAUAGCGAUACAUUACGACUUUUGUCACCAUAGGCUAUUUCGCAGACUUUUAGAAAAUGUUCAAAGUAAUUUACAUAUUGUAGUGAGGAUUAUUUAAUAGCAUUGUUUUACCUUCGAAAAAUAGAAUAUACGAUGUAGGUUGUGUAUACAAGUGCUUUAUUUUUCAUGAAGUCAUCUCAUGAUUGACUAUUUCAUUAUUGUGAAACAUUAUUUGUUCAAAAAAAGCUAGUUGUUACCGGUUCUUGUAGGCAAUUUAUUGUACUUACCUAGUUCCUAUCAAUAAUUAGUUUUAUACGUAAAACGACGAACUACAGUGAACUAAUUAGCAAUAUUCCGGGGCUUACCACAUGUUUUCUUUCUAUUACCUAUAUAUAUAGAGAUAUUUGGACUCUGCCACCUUUAUUUACCAAAUAUAGAUAUUUAGGCAUCUAAGGUAAGUACGGUAGUUAUAAUAGGUUCUGCAAAACAUCAUGCAAUAGAAAUAUUUCCAGCAAAUGACGAUAGAGGCGCUUUGUGUCAAGACUUACGUGGUGUUACAUUAAACCUAUAUAACACAUUCUUUACAAGAUUGAAGUGACUUAGGAAAAUUAAUUCCCUUUUAUUCUAAGUAGGUAGACAUAUGAAUUCCUUGGGGAUUCUAAUUACUAAUAAUAUUUGUGGCAUUAACCGUAAGGUGUACAAGGAAUAAUAACCUUUUAAUCAGAUACUUAGGAUAUUCGUUUAUAAGGGCUUGCUGCCUUAAAACGCAUAACCUAGUAUUGUUAUUCAAGUAGACACAAUAUUGUCAACAAAUGCAAGUUUGCUUCAUAACGAAUUUGUUAUAAGGCGAGUAAUCGACACGUGGCGAAAGUUGAUUGUUCUAAAGCUAAUUGUUUACCUAUAUCAUCUAAAUAAUUUAACCUAUUAAGUAGAUACUUGUUAUAUUUACUAUUAUUUCAUAUAAAUUUUAACAACGACUAUUUAAUACCCUAGUGUUGGUUGUCAAGUUGAAAUAUUUUUCUGUAUAUAUGACGUGUGUCCAUAUAAUCGGUAUAUUCUUGAUGUCUCCCACCUGGUGCGACAAUGCCGGUGAACAUUGCAACAUUUCCCUACAGCACAGCAGAUGAACAUUGACCCAACUUAUCAAAUGUGGGACGUCUCCCAUACAUGUUCAACGGUGAGAGUAUGCAAUGGCCGAAACAGGUGGGUUACAACGGGAAUACACCCACAUCUAUUUUCUAUACAUUAUGUACUUAAUAUUUAAUGUCUUCCUUAAAAUGCUUACUAUAGAAUAAAAAAACCAGAAAUAAAACCUAGAUAUUAAGUUAACUACCUAAGUGUCGGGUUUUAUUUCAGGUACCUGUAUACCUACCUAAUCAAAAUAAUGACUUGUUGGAUUAUUUCAGUUAUCCUUUUUAUCAGAUGAAUGAGAUGUUAUGGAAAUCUAGCAAUAAUGAAUAGUGAUAUUUACAAUAACUAUGUACAUAAAGUACAACUUCCAUUUCAUAGGACUUUUUUUAAAUAGUGCCCAUUUUUUCAUUCGACAUCUAUGUGUAGCUAACUAUAUUUCCAGAUUGCAACUUUUUAGUAGAUACAUAAUUACUUUACGACUGCUACCUGUUUUGGCUAAAAUCUUGAUUGCGUUUUAUACUUGUAGGUACGCACUUUAUCAAUAUCAUCGGGUCUAUCGGGUAAUGAAUUGUAAAACUGACAAUCAUAGAGUCCCUACCUGCACAGGUAUUUUUGAAGCUUACCUACUGGUGGGUGACCGUGUUGAAGGAUUGAAAAACAUUUUGGAUUUGCCAACAUAGGCAUUGGUCACGAGAAAGCUGUCGGUAUUGAUAUUGAGUAGAUACCUCGGCAUGGUCUUGAUGAAGCGUUUCUUUUUUAUUGGUACCUGAGUAUGAGUAGCUAAGACACUUAUGUAAACAUCACUUCAAUAUUUAGAAGUUAACUAAGUACCUACCUUUUAUUUUUGUUCAAUAUUUUAGGUUACGUAAGUUGGAUUUGUAUAUUAUACAUUAAAAGUACUAUGUAUUGUAUAGUAAAAUGUACCUAUAUUUGCAUAGAAGAUUUAAAGUAGGUAUGUUAGGUGUGAUAGACUUGUACUGCCGGGCGUUAUUACAUAAAUGUAACAAAUAGACAAUGCAGACGUCACAUUUAAUUUUUUACUAGAACAUCGGCUAGAUUUAAGCGGGGACACAAAAUUGUACACUCCAUUAAUAAAAAG